UCAGGCCAUACCAGUCGAAGACGGAAAAGUUGUGCGCCUUACCAACCCUGCUUUGCUGCUUGCUCGCUCGCUCGCCGCCAGCAACGCCAACCCCGAUGCUCGCGUCCACCGCCGCCUCCCUCCCGCCGCCCCUCCGCCGCUCCCCGCGCGGCGCCUUCCCCCUGAGCUCCUCCCAUGGGGGUAGCGGUGGGGCGAAGCCUCUCCUCCCUAGGCCCAGGCGGCGGACGUUAGCCUGCCGCGCGGAGCUGCAGCAGGACGCGCCGUUCGCGGCCGCCAUCGGCGCCUGCGUACUCGCCUCGCUCACGCUCCCCCCUCCCAGAGCCCGCGGAGAGGCCGGGGAAGAGGAGGAGGAGGAAGGGGAGUUUGGCGCGACGGAUACGAGGAUGGCCGUGAUGGGGAUCAUCUCCUUCCUGCCUUACUUCAACUGGCUGAGCUGGGUCUUUGCGUGGUUGGAUAGCGGGAGACGGCGGUAUCUGGUCUACGCGGCCGUCUACUUGGCUCCUUACUUGAGAACAAACUUGUCACUAUCGCCAGAAGAUAGCUGGUUACCUAUUGCUAGCAUCUUUAUCGGCAUUUUACAUAUUCAGUUAGAAGCUGGCAUCAGGAGUGGUGAUAUUGAGAGCUUCAAGUUCGUCGAGAGAGCUUGGAAGCUCAUCUUCCCUAGUGCUGCCAAAGAAAAGGAUGCCCGCCAUGGAAACAAGAGAGAUUCAAUCGGAACGGGCCACAGACACAACAGGAGAAUACCAUCAGCGCAUGAAUCUAGAGAAAGGCUUCGCAAUUCAGAUAUCUUCAAGAGGAAGCUUGAUGAGCCCAUCGACGAGAAGCAAAAUAAGUCAGAUUGGGAUUGAGAAGGACAGGGCUCCUCUGCCUACGUUUUCCUGAAUCGCCGAAAAUGGCCUAGGGAGAUUGGAGAUGCAUGCAUCUCUAGGAAGCCAUGCAGCUUCAUGAGAGACUGAAGUGGACCUGUAGCAGCAUGCUGUUUCAAAUCGGCUCUACAUCGUUACAUUUCCCUGUUGUGAUUUAGACCUUAGGUGUGUAGCUAAGUUCCGAGGUAGUGCACAAACAAGUUGUCAACCAGGCUAAUGGGACGCAUGGUGAUUUCAAGUUUCUGGAGCUCUGUAGUCUACUCGAUGCCUGAAUAGAAGUUCCUUGUUUUCUAGUCGUUC